AUGGUUAUGAGGACGAAAGUCCUUCACAAUCAUGAAAUCUGGCAUUUUUGUGAAGUCUUACAGGAUAGAAACUGCGAGGUUGGAUUCAACGACUUACAUGGCAACCGUCAGGGUCCGCUAACAUCCACUCCCAUUGCUUCGAAAGGCCGCAGUACCUUCGAGAAAUUUCUUGGUACCAACUGCGUUACGGACAAACCAUCUGUUGUCAACAAAGUCAGCAAUGAUGUGCAAAUGAAUGACAGCUAUGUGCGGCCGCAGCAGAAGAAAUCAGCUGUCACCACAGUGCCAGAGUCUUCCUUUGCAGUAGUUGGCAGAUCAGUCGUAGAUGGUUUAAAAGCUGUCAACAGAGAGUCGUUCCAUGUCGAUUUUGAAGAGGAUGAUCAUGGAGAGAAUUUGUGCGAGCAACCUGCGGAAUACGUUGACGAUCAAGUUUCUGACGCAGAACGAGUGGAAGUCGUUCCUCAGCUUCCCAGGGUAGAACCGAACAUAGUGGUGAACAUGAAUUCACCAGAAGUGAUAAUCAAGCGUGAAGAAGAGAAUCCGAAAGUCGAGGUAAGCACUAUCAAGUCUACAGUGUCACUACGUAAAAAUUUCUUCUUAGAAACUUCCUCCUAUGCUGCUGAAGGGUACAAAGGUCGCAACUAA